UUGAGAUAACAAUGAAUUUGUAUUCCUAGGACCAAAUUACAUCUUUUCACGCUAAAAGGUGAUCAGUCUGAUGCAUGGUUACUACAGAAACCAGUGCAUAGACGUAAUCAAUUCAUGCUAAAAGGAGCUCAGUCACUGACUGAUCCCCUUGUAGCACAAUUUGGGUGUGGAGUCAACAAGCCAGCCAGCUGUCACACGGAUCACUACUCGCUAGUUCGCUACCUAAACCUAACCUACAAAACGAAUGUUGAUUUUGAUCAUUUCGCAUACAAUCACAGCUUUUAAAGGAAAUAUUUUUAAUUGAUUUGCUUAAGCACGGUGAAAAAUGAUUGAAGAUGAAAGUGAAGAAAAUAUCGAAUGUAAUCAAGGAAGAAAAAGGAAGGCAAACAAAGAUUUGUGGAAGAGAAAUAAAACAAAAGCUGCUAGACUACAAGGUGAAGAAUUUUUCGAUAGUAAAGGAAACUUAGUACCAAAGAAAACUACCGGAUUACCAUGCAGGCAAGUCAAUUUUAUUUUAAAACCUGUAGUUUUAUAUGAAACAUUUACAAAAUUGUGUUGAAGUUCACUUAGGCUACCUAUGUUGUUUACAAUCUAGUUUACAUGGACUAGGUUAUCUUUGUUCAUUCCUAGCCCUAUUCCUACAUAGUCUAAAGUAACUUAACGUAUGUUCUAAUACUCUUUACUAAUAAAACUAAUGGGGUUGCUGUACAGAUAAAGUAGGCCUACUUCACCAGUUUUCCUAUAUUUUUUACAGGUUUUAGGCUAUAACCUUUUUGUAUUGUUUCAGCUGCAAGAGGAAGAACUGCAUGGAGGCUGUCACUGAAGAAGAUCAAGUAGAUGUUUUGAACCAUUUUUUAAACCUGAACACUAAAGACCAGCAAGACUUGUUUCUACAGUCCCUUAUAGAUGUGAACGAUAUAAAGCAUAGGCGACCAAGAACAGAAGAUGCUCGAACUAACUGUGCAGCAUUUACAUAUCAUGUAAUGGUUGGUACAGACCGAGUGCAGGUAUGUUUCAAGGCUUUUUUAUCAUUACAUAGUGUGACAAAGAAAAGGGUUGAAAGGAUUAGAGCAUUAAAAAUGUUCGGUAAAAGUCCAGUGGACAAAAGGGGAUUACAUGUAAAAAAAUCUAUGUCAGAAGAAACCAAACUUAAAAUACGGGAACAUAUAGAGAGUUUUCCAACUAAAGAAAGCCACUACCUGGGAAGGCCAAUAAAGUACUUGGACGCAACUCUUAAUAUUAAGACGAUGUACAGCCUUUUUAAGGAAAAAUAUCCACUGGAAACUGUCGGACUUACUUUCUUCUUUAAUUUCUUUAAUGAACACUACAAUCUAAAAUUUGGGAGACCUCAAGUAGAUAUUUGUUGUGUUUGCGAAGAGUUGAGAAUAAAACUAAAAAGCCCACAUCUGAAUGAUGCAGCCAAAAGGUGUGCGCAAGCAGAACUUCAUGUUCACAAGCGCAAAACAAAAAAAUUCUUUUGUAAAAUAAAAACCGAUACUGAGGACAAACAAAAUGACAACAUUUUGUGUUUGUCUUUUGAUUUCAUGCAAAAUGUGCAAAUUCCAAAGAUACCGGUCCAAGAAACUUUUUAUUUACGGCAGCUUUCAGUAAAUCUGUUUUGUAUCCAUAACUUAAAAACUAAUAAAGCAGAUAUAUAUCUCUACCACCAGGGGACUGCGAAUAAAGGACCGAAUGAAGUAUGUUCAUUUUUAUUACAUUAUUUAAAUCACCUUGACAAGCAGUAUAAUGAGCUUCACCUUUAUUCUGACAACUGCUGGGGCCAGAAUAAAAAUCACCCACUAUCAAGAUUUCUUUCCGCCAUAACGGAACUCAAACUGUUCGACAAGGUAGAGCAGUAUUACCCAAUUAGAGGCCAUUCCUUUCUGCCCUGUGACAGGGACUUCAGCAUCAUAAAACGUGAGUUGAGAAAAAAUGAUAGACUAUACACUGUGGAUCAGAUAUCAGACUUUAUUCUAAAAUCGAGCAAGAAUGAAAAGUUUGUUGUCCACAAAGUAACAACCCAACAAAUUUUGGACUUUAAAAGUUGGUGGCCUGUUUUUUAUAAAAAAAAGUUGUAUCUGAAGAAACUAAAGGUAGAAACACCCCCAAACAACAGAAAAUACUCUUCUCAAUCAGUUCUUUUAUGCACUACACUUACAGAAGUGAGUUUCCUGGGAAAGUUGUUGCACGCCCGUUCAUUGACUCGGAAUUAAGCCAUACUUUCAACCUUACAGGGCAAGGAAGGCCUGUUUUACAGCUCCCUGAUAAAACUGCCUAUUUGGAAGGAAAAGUACCAUUGAAGAAAGCUAAACUUAAUGACAUAAUAAAGCUUCGACCAUACAUCCCCAUAGAAUUUGAAGAGUGGUACAGUGAAAUUUAUAUGUGGCCCACUACAGAAGAAGAACAUGAGGACUUUGAUGACUAAAAAUAACUCAUUGAGUUAACCUAUGUACUAUUUUACAGUAUGACACACAUUUAACAAUGAUAUUUCAAUAAAUUUGAGUGUAAAAACAAACAUUUUGAUCAUUUAUUCCCAUUUCAUGCUAAAAGGGGAUAAGUCAAGCACUUUAUAUAAUUUUUUUUAGUAUGUAAAAAUUGUUUUUCUGUCUUUUACAUAGUUUCAUUUAAUUAUGUAUGGUCUAAUGUUGUAUAUUUAAAAAAAUAAUUGCUCUUGAACUAUUUUUGUACUCAGAAAA